UGGAAAUCCCCAUGUCAUGCGCAGUAAGCGCAUAGGAAAUUCCGUUGUUAUUUCCAACACGACAUUCUAGAAAGCUUUACAAUUACUAAAAGUUAAAUUAUUGAUAACAUAUGUGCACCAAAUUAUAAAGGAAAUAAUUUACAGUGUUUGAAUUUCUUUCAGUUAAGGAUUUUGAACAAUAAACAUGAACUUAGAUUCGGACGACGUAGAAGUGGACGGGGAGUUACCGACCCGCAAUUUGCAUGUAACAGCUAGAAAGAGAAAUGACUGCGUGCCAUUCAAAGAUCAGAGUGAUGUGUUGGACAAAUCUAGGCAAAAUCGUGGCUUGAAAGUUACGACAGAACAUGCAUAUAGUAACCAAAACGAAAUAUAUGACUCUGGAAUACACAGUGAUUUUAUCCCUUCGCAGUCUUCAGACGAAGUUCACAGUGCAGAAACACUGAAGUCUCUAAAGUCAUUGACACUGUCAGAUGAACCAAAAUUUGAGGCUGUUGAUGACGGCAUAGGGUCGCUGCGGUUAUCGAAGUCCCCCGACCCCCCACGGGACCCGGAAGCAGACAAGGCUGAGUCCGAGAGCAUACAGCAGUACUUAGCGUUUGUGGAGGAUACUUUUAAUCAGGAUGAAGAUGGCGACACGCGACUACACAAGUUCAUUAUCUUCUUGCUCAGUGAGCCGUCGAUAAACAUCAUAGAUUGGGCACCGAAUACUCACGUUCUCAACAUCAAGAAUGACCACGGUCAGACGGCCCUGCACCUUGCGGUGAUUACGCGGCAGGCGGCGGUGGCACGGCGCUUAAUGACGGCCGGGGCACAGGUGGACCCCCGGGACUGCCGGGGUAACACGCCUCUCCAUAUCGCAUGCAAGCUCGGUUACGAUGACAUUGCCUCAUAUUUACUGCAGCCUAUCCAACAUUCAGAGAUAGCAAGGAACAUAGAACCCAUCGCCUACCAGAAAAUCCCACAAGACUUGGAUGUGCGGAAUUACGAUGGUCAGACGUUCGUACACGUGGCAGUGGAGGAAGGGCAUGUGCACGUGCUCGACUUGCUGUUGCGCAACGAGGCGGACAUAAACGCCAGGGACGGGAAGAGUGGACGCACCGUGCUGCACUACGCCGCGGAGUCCGGCAACAUGAGCCUGCUUGCAUUCCUGAUUGCGUGCCGGGGCAUUGAUGUGAACGCGCUUACCUACAGCCGCCAGACACCGGUAAUGCUCGCUAAGGGGCGGGGCCACUCUGACGUUGUGCGCAUCUUGAGGGAUGCUGGGGCCCUGUAUGAGGAGUCAGGCGAAUCCGAGGAGGAGUCCAUGGAUGACGAACCUGUUGACUAUAAGUUCAACGGCAAUCCAGUAUGAGGUGCGGCUGCUUACAUCUCGUCGUCAAUGAAGGAACUCAUCCGCCAGUGACCCACAUGGUCCCAGGGCCCGCCCUUGUUCCUGGCACCCUCAGGGAGAGGGAAUGAAGUCCCGGCCCAGGGGUGGAAUGAACACGGAACUGUGAUUGGCGACUGAACUACUUGUCUAUAUCUAUAUGUAGUGAAGAGUGCAUGAAGAUUACUAUGUGAUCACCUAACUUCAAUUUUAAAGUAUAUUAAAGUAUGACGGUGAUAAACAAAUGUCAGAGGGUGUUGUUUGCCUCACAUGUGAUCCAUAAUUAUUAUUGACAAUGUUAAUAAUUAUCAAUUACUCAUUCAUAUUACGUAAAUGUUCUUUGACUUUUGACCUCCGUCGUCAGUUUGAAUCAUAUAUUUAUGUUAACUUUAUAUUCAUUCAUAUGUAUAUAUGCAUUCUAAAGCAAAUACCCCCACUCUCACUGUAUAAUAUGUGUUGUUGUAAAAAUUCUCGGAAGUCACAAAAUUGUACUUAACAUUUUAUAUACUUGGGUGAAAAUAAAAUUUUGCUCUGUU